GCCAAACGCCUACUAUAUAUGUUAUCCCGCUACUAAAGAAUCAAAAUAUUUUACUUGAAUUCAAUCGGCAAAAUAAAGAUUAAAAAUGAUGAAGGCAUCGGUUAAAGCUCGAUAUGAAACAGAGAAAGCCGCCUCCGCUACCGGCGGCGCCACCAUAGCUUUCAACGCCGGCGACUUUAAGCUCCGUGCUUCUAUGACUGAUGCUACUAUAGUCAAUGGUCCCAGCUUAAAUGGCUUAGCUCUAGGUGUUGAAAAACCUGGUUCCUUCAUCUUCGAUUACAAUGUCCCCCAAAAGUGGCAGACUCAGGAUUUAGAGGGGGUCGUGGGUGCUCGGAAGGUUGAACACACGUAUUGACGUCCAAAGCUUUAAGGUCCCAGCCAUUUUCUUGGCUUAUAGGGUGCUUUUCUAAAUUUUAUACCAGAUUUUAUACAUUUCUUUAUAUAAUUAUUCCUAGUAUGCGUCGAAUUUAACCGGUGCCGAAGCACCAAAAGUUUGGCUAUAGGUUUGCCCCUGUCUCUGUGCUGCUAUGACUGAUGUACAAUAGUCAAAGGUCCCCGCUUAAACGGCUUAG